AUGACAAUUCCCCACCAGAAUAUCAACCAAGUUCUCACUUACAUUCUACCCUACAUUGAAAAACAUACGAAAUCGGAACCACCAGCUGGAAAAACCAAAGGCCCGUUUAUCCUCGCCCUAACCGGUCUCCAAGGCAGCGGGAAAUCCACCUGGACCUCCGCGCUCGUGCAAGCGCUGAACGAGAAGCACAAACUUAGGACAAUCAAUCUAUCUCUCGACGACCUGUAUCUCGACCACGAAGAUCUGGUCCGAUUGCGCGACGAUAAUGCCUCAAACAAACUUCUCAGGACGCGCGGCCAGCCCGGUACACACGACACGGCUCUCGCGGUUACUUUCUUUGAUAGCUUAACGAAGACCUCUCAGGAUACCCUGGUUCCGGUGUUUGAUAAGAGCAAAUUUAACGGCGAAGGUGCGAGAGCACCUAAACAGACAUGGACCCGUAUUACUGCUGGAGAGGUGGUGGAUGUUGUCGUGUUCGAGGGCUGGUGUGUUGGUUUCCAACCCUUGGACGAGCCGACCAUACAGAAAAAGUGGGAAGAUGCCCAGAAAAGUGGCACGAAAACAGAGUAUCCGAUUGUCACACUGGGUGACCAUAAACUGGAACAUCUCGUUCAGGCCAACGACAGCUUGCGACACUACUGUGACUCGUUCAUGGGGCCUCGGCAUUUGGAUUUCCUUGUUCAUUUGGACACGAACGAUCUGGUAAAUGUUUACCAAUGGAGGAUCCAACAGGAACAUGCCCUUCGUGAGAUCAAGAAUGAGGGUAUGACAGAUGAGCAGGUUGUGGAUUUUGUGCGUGGGUAUAUGCCUGCGUAUGAGCUGUAUCUCGACCAGUUACGGGAUGGGUUCUUUGGCUUGGAUACGAUGCCAAAGAAAGGGCAGUUGCGCGUUGUUCUUGAUCGGGAACGAAGGGUUGUUGACACGGUUUUGUACCAAUGA